AUGUUCGGAGCAUCGACGCUUUGUGCGCGCUGUAAUAAGCCCUGUUACGCCGCGGAGCAAGUAAUGGGCCCCGGCCGAAAGAUCUAUCACAAGCGUUGCUUGACCUGCACCGAGUGCAACAAGCGCUUGGAUUCCCUGCAACUCGUGGAGCACGAUCGUGAACCAUACUGCAAGCCCUGUCACCUGAGACUCUUCGGCACCAGAGAUCUGCGGCACAACAACUUGACGCCCAAUGGAACUCCAGAUUCCCCUCCAAAGUCAACGUUGUCCCCACGAGCCGAUCUCAUAUCCCCUCGUCUGGGGACCCCACGAUUUCGUGGAGUGAGUGAGGAAGAUGAGCUUGACGCACAAAUCACUUCUUCCCCAAUUCCGAGGAGUAGAGCGUUUCAUCCAGCCAAUCCGCUGCCGUCGAUAGACAGUGCCGAGAAUACCCCCGAGCCUAUCAAAUCUGCAGGAUCCCGUCCUUUACCUAUGAUACCUUCUAGGACGGGAGAUCCACCGUCCCCGACAAAGAUGGUGCAUCCAACUUUGACAGGGGAUCUCUCCUUCCGUCCGCCAAGUCCGCCGAUUUCUGCCGGGCUUCAAUCACCAACGAAGCCAGAUCCGGCUGUGCGGCCGACUUCCCCCCCUACUACACCACGUCGACCCAUACCUAUGAGCCCAGGCCGCACCGGCACAUCCAGCUUCCCGCACCUACCACCGCCUGCUUCGAAGCCGCUCUUCCCGAGUGGCACAGGCAGCAGCACACCUGGAUCGCCGGCCAGAUUUGGUGGUGUAAGGGUGGAGUGCCCUCGGUGUGGCAAGGCAGUAUACUUUGCUGAGCAGGUUGUUGCUGCAGGAAAGAAGUGGCACAAGAGCUGCCUGCGAUGUGAAAGCUGCUCGACACAGCUCGACUCGACCAAGCUUACGGAGAGGGACGGUACGCCCUUCUGUCGCGCUUGCUACGCGAAGAACUUCGGGCCCUCUGGUGUAGGAUACGCGCUCCUUGGCAAGCUAGGGUGAACUAGUCAGCAGCUACGCAGUCGACGCACAUCGAUGACGUGGGCGCAUCAGCUGCCGUCCGUUGCUUGUGAAUAUUUUGGAUCUCAUGCGGGAACGGCGACGAGGGAUCGCGACGAUGCGAGAUUUUACGAAGAAGAAGACCCCUGCCGCAGAAGCGUUCGGAGUCUUUAUCAGAUGGACGGUGUCCCCUGCUGUAUCUAUUACUAUUCACGGAAGCUGUCUCAUUAUCUUUGCUUUAUGCAGUUCAUCUUAUUCUUAUUGGCAUCAUACCACAGAAGGGAGGUGCCAACACACGUUUAUAGCCUCUACAGCUGAGCUCC